AUGGUCACCACAACCCAGCGAGUCAACAAUCGUCUCGCCAAGGCGAAGUCGCAGGCUCAAAGGGACAUUCUCUACCCCCCUUCCGAUUCAGACUCGGACGACGACGAACUCGAAUGGGUGGGCGAGCCCCUGAACAAGGACACGCUUAUCCGUCGGACCUCAUCCAAGACUACCGACAGCAGCGAUAUUCCGUCCAGGAAGGCGACAAGAGGGUCCGGUCUCUCCAACAUCCCAUACUACAAAGCAUUUAAGAAGGGCGACACGAUAUACUCAAUCGGCGACAUUGUCCUCCUCAGGAACGAGCAGUACUCUCAAAGGUUCGAUCACCCUUAUAUCGCUCAAAUCUUGUCGCUCUGGGAGACUGAAGAUGGAGACUGUGAGGGCGACUUUCGAUGGUUCCAUCAGGGCGAUGAUAUUGCCAAAUUGAGGCGGUAUCAGCGAACCGGCAACUUUCCAGAGUCUCUCGAGUGCGGCGAGAUUGUUUAUACGUUGGACGACGACAAGAAUGACAUCAACACUGUCAUCGCAAAGGGCAAGGUCCUGAACGAAAUGCAGUGGAGAGAGAAAUUUGGUGAGGCAGGCACCAGUCUGGCAAUCGAAGAGAGAGAUAUGACGUUCUUCUGUAGAGUUCAGGAGCAACACGAAGCGGAAAGGAGUGAUGAUGACGUGCGUGACCAGGCGUAUUCGGAAAGGGCCUCGGACCUGGAACAGGAGACGAGUGAGGAAGAGUCAGACGAAUCAACAAAAAAUUUACCCGAAAAGCGGCAACCUAAAAAAGCGGUAGUAGCCACCCCAAAAAAGCGACCGUCUAGAAAUGUAGCCAAGAUUCCUUCGAGAUCCAAAUCCCUAGUCAUCAAGACGCCGACGACACAACGAUCCAUAUCGGCUACAGCGCCGAAGACCGACUUUGAACAUGCACGCAACCGUCUACAUGUGAAAGCUGUCCCCGACUCUCUCCCUUGCCGAGAGGAUGAGUUUUUGGAGAUUCAGGAGCACCUCGAGAGCGCUAUUGAGGACGGAACGGGAAGCUGCAUCUAUAUCUCUGGAGUACCUGGAACAGGCAAAACAGCGACCGUUCUCGAAGUUAUUCGUUCGUUACAGGCAAAGGCUGAGGAAGGGAUUGUCGAGUCGAGACUUGAAGGCAUCCAGGCGUUCAGGAGAGAGGCUAUUGAGUUUGCAGCGCGAAAGGUCGGUGCUGUCUCUGGUGAUGCUCGUCGAGCCCUUGACAUCUGCAGGCGUGCGGUCGAGAUUGUGGAGACCAAUGCUCAAAAGGCCGAGGAUCAGCGGAGGUUGAAGGCUGGGAGGAAUCCGUUCGAGGACUUGGGACCAGCUCCGGAUCCAGAACAGGUGACCAUCCGGACGGUGGACCAGGCUAUCAAGGAAAUGUUUGCCUCUCCCAAUGUGCGUUUGAUUCAGACGGCGUCGUUGCACCAGAAACUUUUCUUGGUGGCGCUCACGGCAAGACUGAGACGCCUGGGUCUCGCAGAGGUGGAGUUCUCCGAGAUUGCCCAUGCGCACCUGCAGAUGUGUCGUCUGCAUAAUAUUGAGCCGCCAAUGUUAAGCGAUCUUUCUGCCAUCUGUGCCAGUCUCGGAUCGUCCAGGUGCCUGCUGGUUGAAUCGGGGAAACAAGAUCUGCACCAACGCGUGAGACUUAGUGUCAGCGAAGAGGAUGUCAUUAUGGCCCUCAAAGUCGACCCUCUCUUCCGACGACUUUUGGAUACCCUUCCUUCAGCCCCUGUGACCUAG